AAGGAAUUGUUUGCGAGUUCAGUCAUCCAAAAAAGCUUCUUCCAUAUGGAGGGAUCGGGUGCGCUGGGCGCGGCGUCCCCUGCCUGGUCCUCCUGCUGCUGCCGCCUCCGCGGCGGCCCCCGCUUCCUGCAGCAGGGACCCUGAGCCUCGGCUCGCCGGUGUCAGCCGCAGUGCACGCACCGCACAGACAGACAGACAGACGGACACACACACACACACACACACACACACACACACACGCACGGCGCACACACCCUCAGCCACACGCGCCUCCCUCCCUGGCCUGCAGCUUCUCGGUCCGGGGCUCCUUUGUUGCUCCGGCUGCGGCCGUUUUCCCGUGUUGUGUGUCCCCGGGUGUCACCGUGCGUGUUGUGUAUCUGUGCAGCGCGGUGCUGUGUGGCGGUCUCCGCGCCCACCACGCUGACACCGGGGCCUCGGCUGGCUCACCCUUCCCAGGCGCCGGCUGCACCAGAGUCCUCUAACAGGCUUCCUGGAAUCCAUGACCCAUGAAGUUUUGUCAACAUUCACUCCAUCUGAGGGUAGCAGCAAAGAAGUAGAAGUAGUGUUGCAGGGGACUGCAGCAGCUCUGUGAGUGACCGUGGUGGCCUAUGGGACGUUGGCUUGGGAUUCUCUAACAUACCAUGCUGCAUGGGACGAUGACAACGCAGAGAGGAAAAAGGCCUGAGGUCACCCUCGCCUGGCUCAUCUUGGCCACAGUGGGCUGCCUUGCUGACUUGAAUGAGGUCCCUCGGGUCACCGUUCAGCCUGUGUCCACUGUCCAGAAACUGGGAGGAACUGUGAUCCUGGGCUGUGUGGUGGAACCCCCGUGGGUGAACGUAACCUGGCGCCUGAACGGGAAGGAGCUGAAUGGCUCGGAUGAUGCUCUGGGUGUCCUCCUCACCCAUGGGACCCUGGUCAUCACUGCCCUCAACAACCACACCGUGGGACGCUACCAGUGUGUGGCCCGGAUGCCUGCAGGGGCUGUGGCCAGUGUGCCAGCUACGGUGAUCCUAGCCAAUCUCCAGGACUUCAAGUUAGAUGUGCAGCAUGUGAUUGAAGUGGAUGAGGGGAACACAGCAGUCAUUGCCUGUCACCUGCCUGAGAGCCACCCAAAAGCCCAGGUCCGGUACAGCGUCAAGCAAGAGUGGCUGGAGGCCUCCAGAGACAACUACCUGAUCAUGCCGUCAGGGAACCUCCAGAUUGUCAAUGCCAGCCGGGAGGACGAGGGCAUGUACAAGUGUGCCGCCUACAACCCCGUGACUCAGGAAGUGAAAACUUCUGGCUCCAGCGACAGGCUGCGCGUGCGCCGCUCCACUGCUGAGGCUGCCCGCAUCAUCUACCCACUGGAGGCCCAGACAGUCAUUGUCACUAAAGGCCAGAGUCUCAUUCUAGAGUGUGUGGCUAGCGGGAUCCCACCCCCUCGAGUCACCUGGGCCAAGGACGGGUCCAGCGUCGCUGGUUACAACAAGACACGCUUCCUGCUGGGCAACCUGCUCAUCGACACCACCAGUGAGGAGGAUUCGGGCACCUACCGCUGCAUGGCCAGCAACGGGGUUGGGGAGCCGGGCACAGCCGUCAUCCUCUACAACGUCCAGGUGUUUGAACCACCUGAAGUCACUGUGGAGCUGUCCCAGCUGGUCAUCCCGUGGGGCCAGAGUGCUAAGCUCACCUGUGAGGUGCGGGGGAACCCCCCGCCCUCUGUGCUGUGGCUAAGGAACGCCGUUCCCCUCACUUCCAGCCAGCGCCUCCGGCUGUCCCGCAAGGCCCUGCGUGUGGUCAGUGUGGGGCCUGAGGACGAAGGUGUCUACCAGUGCAUGGCUGAGAAUGAAGUUGGGAGUGCCCACGCCGUGGUCCAGCUGAGGACGUCUAGGCCAGGCACGACCCUGAGACCCUGGAAGGAUGCUAAACCGGCCACUGCCACACCUCCUGCGCCACCCUCCAGACCCAGCAGUGCUGAACAGACACUGAGGGGGCUGCCAGGGCUCCUCAGGCCCCCAACAUCCGUGCAGCCCACUUCUGUGCAGUGCCCAGGAGAGAAGGGGCCAGUGGUUCCUGCUGAGGCUCCCAUCAUCCUGAGCUCGCCUCGCACCUCCAAGACUGACUCGUACGAGCUGGUGUGGCGGCCUCGGCACGAGGGCAGCAGCAGGGCGCCCAUCCUCUACUAUGUGGUGAAACACCGCAAGCAGGUCACCAACUCCUCUGAUGACUGGACCAUUUCUGGCAUUCCAGCCAGCCAGCACCGCCUGACCCUCACCAGGCUCGACCCAGGGAGCUUGUACGAAGUAGAGAUGGCAGCUUACAACUGUGUUGGCGAGGGCCAGACGGCAAUGGUCACCUUCCGAACUGCCCUUACCAGAGUCUCAGACAAAAAAGGACUCUGUGGGAAGAUCGAACGCAUGCUCCUCCCCUUGCUGAUCUCAACCCAUUUCCACCCAGGACGGCGCCCCAAACCUGAGAUCAUGGCCAGCAAAGAGCAACAGAUCCAGAGAGAUGACCCUGGAGCCGGCCCCCAGAGCAGCAGUCAACCAGAUCAUGGCCGCCUUUCCCCCCCAGAAGCUCCAGACAGGCCCACCAUCUCCAUGGCCUCCGAGACCUCAGUGUAUGUGACCUGGAUUCCCCGUGGGAAUGGUGGCUUCCCAAUCCAGUCCUUCCGCGUGGAGUACAAGAAGCUAAAGAAAGUGGGAGACUGGAUCCUGGCCACUAACGCCAUCCCUCCCUCACGGCUCUCAGUGGAAAUCACAGGCCUAGAGAAAGGCACCUCUUACAAGUUCCGUGUCCGGGCUCUGAACAUGCUGGGGGAGAGCGAGCCCAGCGCCCCCUCCCGGCCCUAUGUGGUGUCAGGCUACAGUGGCCGCGUGUAUGAGAGGCCAGUGGCAGGCCCUUAUAUCACCUUCACGGAUGCGGUCAAUGAGACCACCAUCAUGCUCAAGUGGAUGUAUAUCCCAGCAAGUAACAACAACACCCCAAUCCAUGGCUUUUAUAUCUACUAUCGACCCACAGACAGUGACAAUGACAGUGACUACAAGAAGGAUAUGGUGGAAGGGGAUAGGUACUGGCACUCCAUCAGCCACCUGCAGCCAGAGACCUCCUACGACAUUAAGAUGCAGUGCUUCAAUGAAGGCGGGGAGAGCGAGUUCAGCAAUGUGAUGAUCUGUGAGACCAAAGCUCGGAAGUUCUCUGGUCAGCCCGGUAGACUCCCACCUCCAACUCUGGCUGCACCACAGCCACCACCCCCGGAAACCAUAGAGCGGCCAGUGGGCACUGGGGCCAUGGUGGCGCGUGCCAGCGAUCUGCCCUAUCUGAUUGUCGGGGUCGUCCUGGGCUCCAUCGUCCUCAUCAUCGUCACCUUCAUCCCCUUCUGCCUGUGGAGGGCCUGGUCUAAGCAAAAACACACAACAGACCUGGGCUUUCCUCGAAGUGCCCUUCUGUCCUCCUCCUGCCAGUACACCAUGGUGCCAUUGGGAGGACUCCCCCGCCACCGAGUCAGUGGACAACCGUACCUCGGUGGCAUCAGUGGACGGGCCUGCACCAAUGGGACACAUGUGAAUCGGGGCUGCCCUGCAGCUGCAAUGGGCUACCCAGGCAUGAAACCUCAGCAACACUGCCCCGGGGAGCUUCAGCAGCAGGAUGACACCAACAGCCUGCUGAGGCAGACCCUUCUUGGCAAUGGAUAUGACCCUCAGAGCCACCAGAUUACCAGGGGUCCCAAGUCUAGCCCAGAUGAGGGCUCUUUCUUAUACACACUGCCUGAUGACUCGACUCACCAGCUGCUCCAGUCCCAAGAUUGCUGCCACCUCCAAAAGCAGCCUGCCACUGCGGGCCAGUCAGGAAUGAGGAGAGCACCAGAGAGUCCUGGCCUGGAAGCUGCAUGGGACCCUCCAUUUCGCUCAGGGACUCCAUGCUGCUUGGGCCUUGUACCAGUUGAGGAAGUGGACAGUCCUGACCCCUGCCAAGUGGGUGGAGGAGAAUGGUGCCCCCAGCACCCUUCAGGGGCUUAUGCAGGACGGGAACCUGGGAUGCAGCUCUCUCCCAGCCCACCGGUGCAUGUGUCUUUUGAAACGCCACCUCCCACAGUUUAGGCAAAGCCAAGAUCCCAGUCAGACUAUAUAUUGUUUGUUUUUUAAAAGAGACAGAGAAAAUUGGUAUUUAUUUUUCUAUUAUAGCCAUAUUUAUAUAUUUAUGCACUUGUAAAUAAAUGUAUAUGUGUUUUUAUAAUUCUGGAGAGACAGAAACCUCCCCAUUGAGGUACAAGAGAGAAAACAAGCCACAAUAUACCAGGUGUCAGCCAGGAGAAAGGCAGGCAGACUGGCCAGGGUACAGACUCCUACAGGACUUGCAGCUGCCUGGGCUACAGCGAGGCAGGGUCCUAGGCACAUUGUUCAUGAACGUCAUGAGGGAAAAGCAAGGGCCACAGUAUGGCAAAAUAGAGACACCCCUGAAGGUGGCUGGAUCUGGUGGCACAGGAAACACUUCCUAAGAUGCCCUGCGAACAGACUGAGACGUGUACAGCACUGUAAGCAUUAACAAACGUUCCAGAGUCAAUAAUCUGUGGCAACAUAUCUCUGUAAAAACAAACACUGUAACUUCUAAAUAAAUGUUUAGUCUUCCCUGUAA